AUGGAAAUGGAUAAAGGUGAACAUGUUGGAAACAAUGGUGAUCGAUUCGUGCAUCGUUUGAAAGAACUGACAGAUGAAGAGAAAAAGCGUCUAGAAAGUCAAAACAUGCGCAUUAUUCCCAAAUUAAAAGCAGCGAAAUUAGAAAAAGAUGCGAAGCGCCAUUGGGACAUUUUCUACAAACGUAAUGAGACUAAGUUUUUUCGUGACCGGCACUGGACUACUCGUGAGUUUCAAGAAUUAAUUAACUUUGAUCCAGAUGAACGUAUCGUUUAUCUAGAGUUAGGCUGCGGAGUUGGCAACAUGGUAUUUCCCCUUAUUGAGGAAGGAUUUUCGAAUUUUUAUUUCUACGCGUGUGAUUUUUCACCACGUGCAGUCGAGUUUGUUAAGCGAAAUAAGCUUUACGAUGAAAAUCGUAUGAAAGCAUUUUGUGCCGAUCUGACUACGGAUGAUUUGUUUGAAAAUGUUACUGAAAAUAGCGUCGAUAUUGCAAGCCUCAUCUUCGUAUUAUCUUCGAUCGAUCCCACUCAUUGGUCACACGUUGCAACAGUGGCUUAUAAAGCGCUUAAACCCGGUGGCAUGCUUUUAUUCCGAGAUUAUGGUAGAUACGAUAUGGCGCAACUACGCUUUAAGGCAGGUCACAAAAUAUCUGAAAACUUCUAUAUGCGGCAGGAUGGUACAAGGAGCUAUUACUUCACCGAGGAGGAAUUGCUGAAAUUAUUCAUGGAGGCUGGCUUUGAGAUCAUUAUGAACACUUACGUCCAGCGUCGAACUGUCAACUUUAAGGAGGGCAUUGAUGUGCCCCGUAUAUUUGUCCAGGGAAAAUAUAGGAAGCCUUUAGAAGGUAAAUCUGUUACUACUUGUGAAAGAUGA